AUGGGUACCGUUCUGUCCCUCUCCCCUAGCUACCGGAAGGCGGCCCUGUUCGAGGAUGGCCCGGCCACUGUGGGCCACUACACGGCCGUCCAGAACAGCAAAAACUCCAAGGACGCCAAGAGCCUCAAGCGCCAGUCCCUCAUCAGCGUGUUGCCAUGGAAACGCAUUGUGGCGGUAUCGGCCAAAAGGAAAGGUUCCAAAAAGCUCCCACCCGACGAUGGGCAGAAGGUCAGCACUGAGCACACCAUCACCAACAGCCAGAAGCUGAAGAAGUCCCAGUCCUGCGCCAACUUGUCCUCUUUCGCCACGCAGGAACCCACCAUAGCUGCCACCAUCCCCACCUCCAAGACCGUCUCCAACGUGGCCGCCACCGCCAAGAAGAACUCGCUGACCUGUUCCACGGGGGGCCAGGCAAUGAACGCGGGCACGCCCAAGCGGGUGAUCGUCCAGGCCUCCACCAGCGAGCUAAUGCGUAGCCUGGGUGAGUUCCUGUGCCGGCGCUGCUACCGGCUGAAGCGUCUGUCCCCCACCGACCCAGUGCUGUGGCUGCGGAGCGUGGACCGCUCCCUCCUCCUCCAGGGCUGGCAGGACCAGGGCUUCAUCACCCCGGCCAAUGUGGUCUUCCUCUACAUGCUGUGCCGCGAUGUGGUCUCGUCUGAGGUGGCCAGCGAGCGGGAACUGCAAGCCUCUCUGCUCACCUGCCUCUACCUGUCCUACUCCUACAUGGGCAAUGAAAUCUCCUACCCGCUCAAGCCCUUCCUGGUGGAGACUGAGAAGGAGGCCUUCUGGGACCGCUGCUUGGAAAUCAUCAACCGCAUGAGUGGCAAGAUGCUGCAGAUCAACUCCGACCCGCACUACUUCACCCAGGUGUUCGCCGACCUCAAAAACGAGAGCAAGAAGGAGGAAGAGAAGACGAGGUUGUUGAUUGGCCUCGACCGAUAA